UAAAAACAAUUUAUCAAGUUUAUUAAAUUUUAUAUACAUAAAUAUAUAAUUAUAUUUAUAUAUUUAUAUAUAUGUGGACUAUAGUAUCGUGAUUAUUUUGUUCAAAUGUUCUGUGAUUUAAAUGAAAUAAUUAAUUGUUAAAAAUAAAUUUAUAUUUAUAAUUAAUUUAUUUUAAAAUGUAAAAAUUAAAAAAAAAAGGCGCGAUUUGUUUUAAAAUUUAAAUAAUAAUUAAUUUAAAAAAUAGUUUAAGGGAAAUAAAAACUAUGGACAGUUAUGCAGAACUUUGUGGAUUUAUGGACGCUAAAUUACCUGGUAACUUGAUGCGAAAAAGGUCAUUUGUUUCGUGGAAAACUUGGCGUCGACAUUGGUGCACUGUACGCAAAUUAGGACUUGGUCUAGGUGCUGAAGUACAACUGGAGCGUGGUCUUACUAUUGAUGGUUUGAAUGCAUACCGGAAUACUAUUAAAAUUCCAUCGGAUUCAGUGAUAUGUCGGACAGAAUCAAGAACAAAAUCCUUUGCCUUUGGCAUUUUUCCUGCUAAAGAAAGAAAACCGCUGCUUUAUUUAAGUGGAAUGUCUGAAUCGGAAACCCAGAGGUGGAUGGCAAAUAUUAGAGAAUUGUUGAAACCUAGGAGAUAUCGUUUUGUUGAGGGAACUUUUAAUAUCUCGAUGGUUGAUAAUACGCAUUCGAGAUCAUCUGGUUUAACUGGUCUACACGGAGAUUUGGUUGCUAGCCGCUGUGGUAUUUUCAUAAAAGACGUUCAUACUGGUAACAUAAUCGAGCACUUAGAGUGGUCUGAAAUGAACCAAUUUAAUUUAUCAACAAUUGGUCACCCAGAUGACGUUAAACGAAUUUGUGUUAUUCAUACAACUAAAUCAUUCCGCGGUGGUAUCGGUGAACUUAACAUAUUUUGUUUGAAUGCAAGUCAAUUAUUACAGAGUUUAGUGAAACAAGGCCGUGAGCCACGACAACACAGCAAUAAAAUUGAAAUAAUUCGACCUUUAAGUUUAAGCGAAGGUGAUUUAAGAUUUACAAAUGACAAUGAGUUGGGAAAUUUGACUAUUAAUAGUAAAGUUGUCUCAAGUCUUGCUAAUGCUGAACUUUUAUUAUUGAAACCAAGGUUGGAACGUGAGGGAAAGUUUGUGUUCAAUGAGAUUAGUGAUUCUGGUAAAACGUUCAGAAAAAUAAAUGAGGAUACAAUAGAUUAUUAUGUAAGAGCUGUUGAUAAUGUUUACGACACAGAGCCUGCUAAUUUAUCAAAUAUCAGUGCUAGUUUAGAAGAACUCGAGGAACCUUUACACAAAAGAGUGUCUAAUUUAUCAGUAGCUUCGGGUAUUUAUGAAGAAAUUGUUGAGACUAAUUAUGAUAACAAACUUAGCAUGGAUAGUUUACAUGUUUAUGAAAAUCUUAGUGACAUUAAAUUUAAUUAUUAUAAUAAAAGUCGCAUUCCACCUCCACUGCCCCCACGAAUACGUUGUGGUUCAGACUCUUCAAAAAGUGGGAUAUUUAGUGACGAUGAGUUACAUCAUGAGGACAAUUUUAAAUCAUCGACUUCAAGUGACACAACAGGAUCUCCUCAGCAAAAAAUUUUAAUGCCAAUUAAUACGACGUCCGAACACUCUGAUUACGUUCCAAUGUCUCCACGGCCCAAAGACAUUGUUGUAGAGCAGGAAAAAAAACAAAUAGUCUCUAAUGAAGAAGACAUUUAUAUGGUCAUGCGAUAAAAUAUAUAGAAAAUUUUAUAAAUACGCUAAAUCGCUUUGUUACGUUUAAAAAAAAUUGUGUUAUUAUUAUUAUGGCCUCCGUGAUAAUUAUUUCAAUUGGCCUAUUUUUUAUGGUAAAAGUUAUAGUGCAAAGUAUAGUAAAUUUUUUUUUGAAUAUUUAAAAAAAUAUAAGUAAAGAAAAUUAAUUUUCGUAAAUAGUCGAGUUUACGAUUUACCAAAUAUUAAUAUUUAAUAAAUGAAUUUUACGGCAAUUUUGCAUAAAGUAUUUAAAUUUCUAUCGCUCAAAUUAUUAUAUAUACAUAUAUACAAAUUAAUAUCUCAUAUCAUUCAGGAAAAUCAAGUACAAAUAUUUCUAAAUAAAAAAUUCUUCAGAUUUAUAUUUUUCUUUUUUUUUCUGUAAUCAAAGAUUUUAUUUUAAAUAAUACUCCGAAGUCUAUAUAAAAAAAAGUUGUACAUAUCAAUAUCCCAAGUAGUACACUUGGCUUUGCGACAUCAAGACAACAAAUAAAAUCGGCAUAUCGAUAAGGGCGCGAAAUACUGAUAAGAUAAAAAUUAAUGACGUUACAAAAACCGGCUGAAAGUAAGUUGGAAAUAUUUAACAAUUUAGUGGUUUAUAGAACUCGUCAAUUAGAAAACUUUUAUAAGACAUGAGAAAUUAAUCUAAUUUAUGUAAGAUGUUUUUUAUAAAAAAUAUGUCCAAGUUGGCAAUAUGAAAUACAAUUGUCUGUAUAGUUUAUUUAUUUUUUGUUUAUUAACUUUUAUCACAUGACAAAAAAAAACGAAAAUUUUCUACGACUGAGACCAACAUUUUUAUGUCUUAUAUAUUUAAAAAAAAUGGCUUUGAGGAAAAAAAAAUCUGUAUAACAAUCUUGUAGCAAUGAAGCUGAAG